UAAAAGAAAAUGAUAAAAACUUCAAAAAUUAAAAUCCUUCGUCAUGUAGUUAUGUUACUACAUCUACUAGUUAGGAAAAUUAAAAAACUUAAAUUUGGACAUGUUUUGCAAAAAAAAGUGUUAUGAAAAUGUAAAACGACUAUAUCUUUUGCAUACUAUAUGUUGUAUUAGUACUGUUGGCUAUGUACUAGUACUACUGUGCUUAUCCCGAUACCUUUUUGGUACUGUUAUCCAAGCUUUGUUGCAAACUUGUAACUGCUAAAAAUUUACGAGUCCCUUUUGAUGCCUUCUGUAUUUGAUGGAGUUACUUUAGUUUUUCACAAAUAUGCUUCUAAUAAUAACUCCCAUGUCCAUGUUCUUUUCUUGCACCUGAAUUGUAUAAUACUGCACAGUAUUAUUUUGUGUCAUCCUAAACUUUGUUUUUCAUGCGGAUUCUGCAAAUUUUCCAUCUUUAUCAGGAUAAUUCUGCACGCUGUUGGAUCUUUGAAAAAAAUCAACUUAAAGAAGCUCCCGUGCACACAAAUUUCCCAGAGCUAAAAGAAUCAAUAGAUCUCUCAGUAGUAUCUCAUCAAUGCUUUGGUCUUACACUUGCACCUGGAGAAGUAAUGAUUGCUGUGGUCCGCAGCUUGGAUCCAAAUAUGCUAGAUCAGAUGUAUCAAGCCAGGACACAAAAGGCAGUGGUUGAGUUCAUUUGGAUUAGUGGUCAGUUCCUUGGCAUUCCACUAAACAAGGACAUUUAUAUCUCCAACAAACAAUCUGCAAAGUCAUCCGAGACUAACUUCUUAUGGUGGGGUUCCAACAUUCUUUGGUCACUGAAGAAUUAUGAAAAAUGUGAAACCAGACUUGUCUUAUGGGAUGUCAUAGCUGCUUUACAAGUGCUCAUGAAAUCCGCACCAGCAUUUCUGGAGACACUAAUGCAUAAAUGGGUCUCAGAUUUGUUUUCAGAUGACCAACAACGUGUUUCUAUCGAUACCCUGUGUCAGUGUAGAAAGGACAUGAUGUCCAAUGUCAGCUCGCGGAAGCUACACCUGCUGAAUAUCAUUUGUAGGAAAGUAAUGCUUCGUGAUCCUGCUGGAGAAAAUGGUAAUAGCACGUCAACUGAUUUGUGGAGCAGUCUUCUGUUGAGCAGCGAAAGAGAGCUACGAGAGAGACUUGUGGCUUUCACUUUUGCUGCUGCCUUGAAUCGAAUGUCAUAUUUUCGCAAGGGCGCAUGUGCUGAAAACAUGUGGUUUCCUGUUGGUGUUGCCCAGAUGCGUUCUUGGGUGUCUAUGAACAGUGGAGGAGUGCAUAAUCAGCUCAGGUCUCUCAGUUCGACAAUUAAACGUCUUGGAAGCAGGAUCAUGUGUGAAUACUCAGCUAAAGAAACCUGUGCCUAUUGCUCCGCACCGGUUCACUUCGAGUCACCUGACAUAGCCUUGUGUGGAAGUGUUGAUCCUGCUAUUGUUCCCACAGAAAGGCACAAGCUGUCAAGAUGUGCAGCAUCGAUGCGCUUAUGCUCUGUUCUGGAACCAACCUGGUACUGUGUAUGUUGUGGAGGAAUGGUUGAUAAGCUUGUGCCCGAGACCUAUUUCACCAUGAAGACAUCUCCCUUGUUGGAUGCUGCCGAUCCAGAUGAUGAAUCGUCACUUUAUUCAGCACCUGCUGUUCCUCGUUGCCCCUUCUGCGGCAUACUGCUGCAGAGGUUGAUGCCAGAGUUCCUGCUCUCCGUCUGCCCGGUAUAGAAGCUAGUGGGACUUUUUUUGCUCAAGUGCACGUCGUCUCUUUUUGCAUUAUUGUGCGUUUGUUCUUUAUUCCUAGAGGCUGCCAAAAAAGGAUGGAAAGCAACGUCAUCCUGUCGACAGUUGUUCUUGGGGAGAUGCUUGUUUUGAAUAUUAUGUUGGUCAGCGCGUGCAGUGGCAUCUUUAGCUUCGGCAGAGAUCGAGGAAGAGCCAGAUAGUCUAAAGGCAAAAGGAAAUGGUUCAAUAGGAGACAGCAGUGCACAAUCUUCAUGUCCCAUGUUGGAACAUGACCCAUAGUUGUCGUGUUAGACAAGAGGCUUCUAGGACUCGUAACUGAUUAAGUGUUUUAGCAUAUGAUGUUCACAAGAUUACUUUACAUUGCUGAGCCGUGAACAUAAGAGUUCAUGUGUCGAUUUAUAAGAUUUUAUAGGGUUUUCAUGUCUUGAUUUAUAAUGAUUUGUCAUUUUAGCUUUUGGUGAGGCUGUGCUCCUGCCGUUGCCCGUCAAUUUUUCUUGGCAAAAGUAGUAUGUGCUAUAACAUAGUAGUAUAUACAGAGGUGAGGCUGGGGCUGUGAAGUAUAUUUGUUCGAUUUUGGAGGAUCAUAAUCCACCAU